GUACGUAAUAUUCUUCUUCGUCAAUGGAACAUCUUAUCUCUCUGAGCCGCAGAGGCUGGAGCGAACGUCAUUCUGCCCACUAUAACGGGAGCUCGUCGGCUUCACAACCGCUCCUCGAUGCAUAUGGCUCCUCCGCAUCCUCGUCGCCGAAUCUCAAGAAGGAUGCAGACGUCGCUAGAGAGUCCACCGACGUCUUCAGCGCAGUCCAGAUAUUUGUUGUCAACCAUGGCCCGGGCGUGCACCUAAUGGCGGAUAUACCCAUUGCCGCCGAGGAGAUGUUGCUGGAGCAGCGGAGAAAUACAUUCAACAUCCGCAUUACCCCGCCAUAUCACGUUAUAUGGGAUUUCUCGAAGCAGCCUGACUGCAUAGCGCAUGAGAGGACGCCCCCAGCGGUCGUUGGGAGUAUGACAGGAGGUUCGGAAGGCAGACUUGCAGAUUAGGCUGCUUCAAAAAGCCGUAGGCUAUGUUUGUCUUGUGUUGAGAGCCUCCGCCAUUCUGACAGGCCGGCUUAGGUGACACUUCACCAUGACCCUCUAGAAUGAUAUUGUGAUGUCCUUGCCACGCGGUUGACUG